AAUGAGAGCUAGGCGUCUCCUCCUCUGUCUCCCCGCCCUCGGAGGCGUUUCAAAGCUGGAGAGUAAUGAGCAAAUAUUGGUCCCAGCUGAUGAAGGUCGCCCUGGCUUACCUCUCCAAAAGCAGUUGAAUAGAUAAGACCGACCAAAAACAGCCAUGGGGGAUGACAGUGAAUGGAUGAAGUUACCCAUCGACCAGAAAUGUGAACACAAGAUUUGGAAAGCGAGAUUAAAUGGAUACGAGGAAGCAUUGAAGCUCUUCCAGAAGAUAGAAGAUGAGAAGAGCCCAGAAUGGGGCAAAUACCUUGGACUUAUCAAGAAAUUUGUAACAGAUUCAAAUGCCGUAGCCCAACUCAAAGGACUGGAGGCAGCACUUGCUUUUAUCGAGAAUGCACACGUGGCUGGCAAGACAGCAGGAGAAGUGGUUUCUGGUGUGGUCGGCAAAGUCUUCAACCAGCCCAAAGCGCGAGCCAAGGAGCUGGGAGCUGAUAUCUGUCUCACUUACAUAGAGAUUGAGAAAGCAGAGGUGGUCCAGGAUGAGCUGAUCAAAGGACUGGAUAACAAGAAUCCCAAGAUUGUUGUCGCUUGCAUUGAGACACUAAGGAAAGCACUUUGUGAAUUUGGAUCGAAGAUCAUAACUCUCAAGCCUGUUGUGAAAGUGUUGCCAAAAUUGUUUGAGUCUCGAGAAAAGGCAGUUCGAGAUGAGGCCAAAUUGCUGGCGGUGGAGAUCUAUAGAUGGAUCCGUGAUGCGCUGCGAACUCCCCUCCAGAAUAUUAACUCUGUACAGUUGAAAGAGUUGGAGGAAGAAUGGGUCAAACUGCCAACUGCAGUUCCUAAGCAGACCAGGUUCUUGCGCUCUCAGCAGGACCUUAAGGCCAAGUUUGAACAACAGCAGGCUGCAGGAGGAGAUGAGGCAGACGGAGACGAUGAUGAUGAGGUUGACGCUGCUCCGGUGGAUCCUUAUGAGCUUUUGGAAGCUGUUGAGAUCCUUUCCAAACUUCCUAAAGACUUCUAUGAGAAAAUUGAAGCAAAAAAAUGGCAGGAGAGGAAGGAAGCUUUGGAGGCAGUGGAGGCUUUGACUAAGAACCCAAAACUAGAGAGCGGAGACUAUGGGGACCUGGCUCGAGCAUUAAAGAAGGUUAUUGGGAAAGAUGCCAAUGUGAUGCUAGUGGCCAUGGCAGCCAAAUGCUUGGCUGGACUGGCAACAGGAUUGAGGAAAAAGUUUGGGACAUAUGCAGGUCAUGUGGUGCCAACCAUCUUGGAGAAGUUCAAGGAGAAGAAACCUCAGGUGGUUCAGGCUUUGCAGGAGGCCAUUGAUGCAGUAUUCCUUACUACAACCUUGCAAAACAUCAGUGAGGAUGUUCUGGCAGUGAUGGACAACAAGAACCCGUCCAUCAAGCAACAGGCUUCACUGUUCCUCGCCAGAAGCUUCCGUCACUGCACCCCGAGCACGUUGCCAAAAAGCGUUCUGAAGCCCUUCUGUGCAGCGUUCCUCAAGCAAGUGAAUGAUUCUGCUCCGGAGGUUAGAGAUGCUGCUUUUGAGGCUUUGGGGACGGCCUUGAAGGUAGUUGGGGAGAAAGCAGUUAACCCAUUCCUGGUUGAUGUUGACAAACUCAAGUUGGACAAGAUAAAAGAAUGUGCUGAUAAAGUGGAGCUUGUUGGAAAGAAAGGAGGAGGUGGUGGCGCUGGCGCUGGAGGAGAGAAGAAAGCGAAAGCUGCUGCAAAAGCACCUCCACCUGUUGAAGCACCUGCCAAACCAUCUGGGCCUCCUAAGAAAGCUGCUCCUGCAAAGGCUGCAGGACCUCCCAAGAAGGGCAAACCUGCCUCUGCCCCAAGUGCAAAGUCCAAGAAAGCUUCAGAGACUAAGGAGAUUGUUGAGACUGAGUUAUCAGUUGUCUCUAUGGCUUUCACUCAGAAAAACCCUAAAAACCAAGCAGAGACUUUGAAUUGGUUGGCCAAUGCCAUGAAGGAGUUUGGAUUUGCAGGAAUAAAUGUCAAGGCGUUCAUCAGCAAUGUCAAAACUGCUCUGGGUGCCACAAAUCCUGCUGUGAGGACAUCAGCGAUCACUCUGUUGGGAGUCAUGUAUCUGUACAUGGGCGCUCCUCUUCGUAUGUUCUUUGAAGACGAAAAACCAGCCCUCCUUUCACAAAUUGAUGCAGAGUUUGAAAAGAUGCAGGGUCAGUCUCCUCCCGCCCCCAUCCGUGGCACCAAAAAAGCAGGAGCAGAAGAGGAGGGAGAUGCUGCUGAAGAAGUGGAGGUGGACGGUGGAGCCGGAGACAUCAUGGACUUGCUGCCCAGAACUGAUAUCAGUGAUAAAAUCACAUCGGACAUGGUGUCAAAGAUCAGCGACAAGAACUGGAAGAUAAGGAAGGAGGGGCUUGAUGAGGUGGCAGCAGUCAUUUCUGAGGCCAAAUUCAUCCAGGCCAACAUCGGUGAGCUGCCGAUGGCACUGAAGGGUCGUCUCAGUGAUUCCAACAAGCUACUGGUCCAGCAGGCUCUCAAUAUUCUGCAGCAGAUCGCCACUGCCAUGGGUCCCUCUCUCAAGCAGCAUGUCAAGAAUCUGGGAAUUCCAAUUAUUACGGUUCUUGGUGAUAGCAAGUCCAACGUCCGUGCUGCUGCCUUGUCAACGCUGAACGUAUGGGUGGAGCAGACUGGAAUGAAGGAGUGGCUUGAAGGAGAGGACCUAUCAGAAGAGCUCAAGAAGGAAAACCCCUUCCUCAGACAGGAAAUGUUGGGCUGGCUUGCUGAGAAGCUGCCCACACUGCGUACGGUGCCCGCAGACCUUAUGCUGUGCGUGCCUCACCUGUACGCCUGCCUGGAGGACCGCAGCGGCGAUGUGCGCAAGAAAGCUCAGGAUGCGCUUCCCACCUUCAUGAUGCACCUGGGCUAUGAGAAGAUGAGCAAGGCUGCCGGCAAACUAAAGCCAGCCUCAAAGGACCAGGUGGUCGGCAUGCUGGAGAAGGCCAGGGCCGUGAUGCCAGCCAAGCCUGCAGCUCCUGCCAAAGCUGCAGCUUCCAAACCUCCCGCCUCCAGCGCCCCUGCUGCCAAACCAGCCCCAGCUCCAGCCAGGAACCAAAGUCCCAUUGAAGAUUUCAGUGAACCUGAACCCAAACCAGACACUAAGAAAGCUAAACCAGCAGGUCCUGCAGCUAAAAAGGGUGUUGUGGGUAAGAAACCUCCAGUUAAGGCUGGUGCAAAAGAUGAGGAGGACAAAUCUGGGCCCAUCUUCAUCCUCGUUCCCAAUGGCAAAGAGCAGAGGAUCAAGGAAGAGAAGGCAUUGAAGAUUCUCAAGUGGAACUUCAUCACUCCUCGUGAUGAGUAUGUGGAGCAGCUGAAGACACAAAUGUCCUCAUGUCUGCCCAAGUGGCUGCAAGAUGAACUUUUCCACUUUGACUUUCAACGCCAUGUAAAAGCUAUUGGAGCCAUGAUUGAGCACAUGGAGGCCGAGUGUGAGGCUGUGAUUGGCUGUCUAGAUCUGAUAUUAAAGUGGUUCACUUUACGAUUCUUUGACACAAACACCAGUGUGCUGAUGAAAGCCCUGGAGUUCCUAAAGCUGCUCUUCACCAUGCUGAGCAGGAAGAACUACCAGCUCAAUGACUAUGAGGCCUCAUCUUUCAUCCCCUACCUGAUCCUCAAGGUUGGCGAGUCAAAGGAUGUGGUGCGUAAAGAUGUCAGAGCUAUUCUGACAAUUCUGUGUAAAGUCUAUGCGGCCAGUAAAGUCUUCCCUUUCCUUAUGGAAGGGACCAAAUCAAAGAACUCCAAGCAGAGAUGUGAAUGUCUUGAAGAGCUCGGCUGCCUGAUUGAGAACUUUGGUAUGAAUGUGUGCCAGCCAACUCCAGCCAAGGCACUUAAAGAAAUCGGCGUUCACAUCGGAGACCGUGACACCACAGUCCGCAACGCUGCGCUCAAUACAGUCUUGGCCGCCUACAACGCCUGUGGAGACCAAGUCUUUAAACUCAUUGGCAAUCUGUCUGAGAAAGAAAUGAGCAUGCUGGAGGAGAGAAUCAAACGUUCAGCCAAGAAAACACCUGCAGCAUCAGCCAAACAGGAGCGACCUCAGAGAGAGCAUCCCACUAAUCCCAAUGCUACUUUAUUGCGCAAGCCUGCUCAAGAGGAAGUGCCCAACAAACUCAGUCAAGCUCGGGCGCAGAACGCUCACUUGGAGCAGUCGGCUCCGUCCAUCCCAAAGGAGUUUCAGCUGGAUCUGGAGGUGUUCGAGAACAACCACACAUGUGCCAGUGACAUCCCUGACCUGGUGCAGCACAAACUGGAUGAAGUUCUGGAGCCGGUCAUGAUUCCGGAGCGCAAGUUGCGUUCGGUCUCUCCUCAUUUUGAUGACAUUCACAACAGCAGUGCCUCCACCAUCAACUUCGUCAUCUCUCAGGUGGCCAGUGGAGACAUUAACACCAGUAUCCAAGCCUUGGCACAGAUUGAUGAGGUCCUGAGGCAGGCGGACAAAGCCGAAGCCAUGUCUGGACACAUCGACCAGUUCCUCAUCGCCACCUUCAUGCAGCUGCGGCUCAUUUAUAACACGCACAUGGCCGACGAUCGGCUGGACAAGAAAGACAUCUUCAAACUCUACAGCUGCAUCAUAGGAAACAUGCUUUCUCUGUUCUCAAUUGAGAGUCUGGCACGGGAGGCCUCCAUGGGCGUCCUGAAGGACCUGAUGCACGGACUGAUCACGCUGAUGUUGGACUCAAGAGUGGAGGACAUCGAGGACGGACAGCAGCUCAUUCGCUCUGUCAACCUGCUCGUGGUUCGAGUGCUAGAGAAAUCUGACCAGACCAACAUCCUGAGUGCUUUGCUGGUGCUGCUGCAGGACAGUCUUAUCAGCACUGCUGGCUCCCCCAUGUUCUCUGAACUUGUCAUGAAGUGUCUAUGGAGAAUGAUCCGUUUCCUGCCACAGACCAUCAACAGUAUUAAUCUGGACCGCAUCCUGCUGGAUGUGCACAACUUCAUGAAGGUUUUCCCUAAAGAGAAGCUCAAACAGCUGAAGAGUGACGUUCCCCACCGGACGCUGAAGACGCUUCUGCACACGCUCUGCAGGCUCACCGGUGCCAAGAUAUUAGAUCACAUGUCCAUGAUUGAGAACCGCAACGAGUCGGAACUGGAGGCGCAUCUGAGACGGGUGGUCAAGCAUUCGGCGAACCUCUCCGGACUCAAGUCUGACAAGAGCACAGAGAAGGGCGCCCUCAGAUCGGAUGACAAAGUGAUCAAGGCCAAGGUGAGCGACAUCCUUUCUGAGAUCUUCAAAAAGAUUGGCUCCAAGGAGAACACUAAAGAGGGUCUGACAGAGCUGUACGAAUACAAGCAGAAGUACUCUGACGCAGACCUCGAGCCCUUCUUGAGGAACACGUCUCAGUUUUUCCAGAGUUACGUGGAGCGAGGACUUCGCAUGAUUGAGUCGGAGCGUGAAGGAAAAGGCAGAAUUCAGACCUCCACAGUAAUCCCUCAGCACAGCACAGACUCGUAUUUGCCGAGCUCCAGCACUGUACCCAUCAGCAGUAAUGGAGAAGAUCUGAACGCCGCCGCCUACUACGAGAGACUGAAGAUCUUACGGCAACGGCGUGGACUUGAGAACUCAACGCCAGAGGAAGACCGCCCUCCACUCAGCUCCCUGAGACCAUCGGUGGCGUCCUCCACAGACAUGCUCCACAGCAAACUGUCCCAGCUGAAGGAGUCCCGCGAGCACUUCCAGCAGGAGCAGUCGCACUCCCGCAGCCCCAGCCGCUCCUCCUCCCCCGCCUCCAACCUCGACGAUCUCAAAAAGAGGCUGGAGAGGAUAAAGAGCAACCGCCAGUAGAUCGGCGCCUCGCCUCAUUCUAUGCUAACGCACUAGAUAGUCAGCUGACUUCCCAAAACUCCACCAUCCUAGCGUUUUUCAGGGUAAACGCGUGCAUAGUUUACGGUUAUGUGAAGUAGGAUAAAAAAAUAAAUAACUCUGUCUGUCUAAAUUGUAUAAUAAGUAAACAUUUUCUGUAUGUUAGUAUUGUGCAGUUGUUUUUGUACAUACAGUGGCUAACCACACCAGGCUUUUAUGUGUGACUUAGGGUUUUCAGUGUACAGUUUUCCUGUGCAGAAUGCUAUUGUGUAACUGACGCUAUAUUUUUUUUUUAAAUAGACAUUUUAGAGAAAUCUAAAUUUAAUGUCUCUUACUUCCAUUCAACACUGUUUGCCGUUUUUGCGGUUUACUUUCUGCCUUUUCUUUUGUCUGUUCCAAGCAUCUCUGAAGCUUUCAUAACUUUUGAAGAAUUGAUUUCUUUAUUUUAAGGAUCAUGGCAUGAAGUACUGGAUCUUUCUUUUCAUGUAAAUAAAGUUUGCAUUACUAAAAGCUG